GGGGGGGGCUUUGUAUUUUUUUUUUUUUUUCUUGCAAGUCCCGGAGCUCGUGACGGGGAUUUAAAGUAAGCGGCGCGUGCUAAGAGGAAUACCGUGCACUCGUUGCAUUAAAGGUAAAUAGGGAAGGGGAGCGUGAAUAAGACAACAAAUAGAAAUAAGCACUUGGAAGCUUUCGGAGAACCCAGGGAAUAUUUGACGUGCUACAAAGUAAUCUUUAAUGCCACAAGCCGGGACCGACAUAUCUGGCUCCUGGAGUUAGUAUCGGAUUGCAUGCCCUUGCUCAUUGGACGGGGUGUUUGCUGAAGCACCUAUAGCGGAGAGUAGGGUUGCAGCUGAGACAUGGCGCAGACGCUGCUGCCGCCUGUGAGGAGGAGCAGAGCCGUUUAAAAACGGGAUAAAGACCGCCCUUUUUGAGGGCUUUCACCCCGGGGACGAGUCAGGAAGGGACCCCGGGGAAAGAGGAAAGGACAACAAGGAGCCCCGGGCCGUGGAGUGGACGCGAGAUCUAGACUCUGUGGAUUGCAUUGCUAGAGAAUGAUUCCCACUGGGGACACCUAGAAGUGAGCCCCAGGAGGAAUGUGGAAACAAAAGACUGACGGAACCGCGCAUCGUUUCUUUGCUGGAGACACUCGCUGCAUUGCUUCGUUCUGCGCUACGACUGAGUAAAGUAACGAAACUGAGGGGAGCACAUCAAGAGCCGUGUUGGGCUGAAAGGUUUUCUUUGCACUGUGCUGAUCUCUGUGGACUCUGAGGUUACAUGUGCCCGAAGCAGUUGUGGUCAUUUGGAAGGUACCUGGACUGAGGGAUGGUUUCAUAUCGCAAGGACAGAGGCUGGGGACCUGCACCGUUCCUGAUGGAUCUCAGACUGGGUUUGCUACUGCAUGGGACGCUGCUGGUCAUUCUGGCUUUGCUGGUCACUCGAACCACAGGGCAGAAGAUUUACACCAACACGUGGGCGGUCCAAGUGACUGGGGGAGCAGAGGAAGCUGACCGGAUAGCCAGUAAACAUGGCUUUAUUAACCACGGGAUUAUUUUUGGAGAGUAUUAUCACUUCCAGCACCGUGCAGUGGUGAAACGGUCCUUGUCGGAACACAGAAGCCGUCACCUCAAGCUGCAAAAGGAACCGCAGGUUGUUUGGGCAGAACAACAAGUUGUGAAGAAAAGGAAGAAGAGAGAUAUUUACACCAACCCGUCUGAUCCCAAGUUUUCAGAGCAGUGGUACCUGUACAGUGCAAACCAGCAUGACCUCAACGCCCGUGGCGCCUGGCAGCUGGGAUACACUGGCAAAGGGGUGGUGGUGUCCAUCCUGGAUGAUGGCAUUGAGAAGGACCACCCUGACCUGAUUGAGAACUAUGAUCCAGAAGCCAGUUACGAUGUGAACGACAAGGAUCCCGAUCCACAGCCCCGAUACACACAGAUGAACGAGAACAGGCACGGGACCCGCUGUGCUGGGGAGGUGGCAGCAUCGGCCAACAACGGGAUCUGCGGCGUCGGGGUGGCUUUCAAAUCCAAGAUUGGAGGUGUGCGGAUGCUGGAUGGAGAGGUGACUGAUGCAGUGGAAGCCCAGUCUCUCAGCCUCAACUCUGAUCACAUCCACAUCUACAGUGCCAGCUGGGGCCCUGAGGAUGAUGGGAAGACUGUGGAUGGCCCCGCCAAGCUGGCGAAGGAGGCGUUUGAGCGCGGUGUCUCUGAGGGUCGAGGUGGGCUGGGCUCGAUCUUCGUGUGGGCAUCGGGUAACGGAGGGCGGGAGCACGACAGCUGUAACUGUGACGGCUACACCAACAGCAUCUACACCCUGUCAAUCAGCAGUAGCACGCAGUACGGGAACGUGCCCUGGUACAGUGAGGCCUGCUCCUCCACGCUCGCCACGACGUACAGCAGCGGGAACCUCAACGAGAAGCAGAUUCGCAAGGUCUCCUUCCUGCUGACUGGAGAGAUUUGAGUCUCUGCCUCGGAAGGCUGUGGUGCUGGAGGGACGGGCGGUUUUCACAGCAUGACUCCUCUGGGCAGGAAGGGUUGGCAUUCCGGGAGCAGCAGCACAGCUUGCAACAGGGCUUUUGAUGUAGUUUUUCUUCUCUAUCCUGCUCUCCUUUUAAAUAUUAAAGAGCAAUUUUCAUGGAUUUGUUAAUCUCAUUAAGGUAGGCAUUACUACUAAGAGUAGUUGCACAUUAUGUAGAGGGAAUGUAAAUGAUGCACACUGUGCUGUACCCUGGGAAUGCACUGCCAGGUUUUAUAAUGGCCUACAGUAACAUUGAGCAUGACAGGAUUAAUACUAGUGCAACAGUUCCAACUCAAGCCUGACACUUUCUGUUUGGCAUUGUAAAAUUAAAGCCAGUGUCCUGUUAUAUUUAAACCUGGCACAGCUAAUUGUUAACCUUUUUGGGGUCAUCAGUGCUUG